GUCCUGCAAAUCGGAACGCUGCGUUUCUAUGCGGGGAAGAGCCGCAAACUCAUAUUCUGAAAUCCGCUUCGGGCCCCUGGUGACUGGGCUCGAUGCCGGCCCUGCAGCCGGGGGAGCGGCUGCCGACGAGAAGAGGUGGUUCUCUCUUCCGGAACGAAGGCAGCGCGCACAGGCUGUUUCCGGGGGGGCCGAAGCCGUCGCCGCGCCCGACCCCGCCUCUGGCGCGGCCACGUCUCCGCUAGAGCAGCCGGGCUGGGCUGCUGCCGCGGUUCCUCAGCUCUGGGGUAUCAUAUUACUUGGUUUGAUUUCAAGUCAUUUAUAAGACUUUAAAUCUCUUGAAAAUGGAAAACCUAGUGCCGUCCUUCCCGGGGGAUCCUGAUGGUUGGUGAUGGCAGAACCAAGCCUGCCAGCAGCUCCCGUGCAGCUCCCGAGUGUCAGCCCAGUGUGAGUCGUCCUGACCAUGGAUGGAGGGUCGGCCGUGCAGGGUGGCCUCUUGGAAGAUGGAUCCUGCAGUGGCACCUCAGCCUGUCCUGACGGUCUCCCGCAGCCCCUGGGCCCUCCGGCACCACCCGACCAGUGGGAUGAAGCCCAGCGUGCCAGCGUCGAGGCGGACAGAGCUAUGGAUGAAGGAGAAAGCCCAGAUGGGCCCAGCGAGGGGGACGCCUGUCAGAAUGGGCCGAUGCCACAGCUCCCAGGCCCGCCGUCGGCUCUCAGUCCCACCAAGAGCGCAGUGGGUCCUGAUGCGCCUCCAGGCUCAGCAGAGGCCCCGCUGCCGCUGGAGAAGGAGGAGCAGGUCCGGCUUCAGGCUCGGCGGCGGCUGGAGGAGCAGCUCACGCAGUACAGGGCGAAGCGCCAGCAGGAGCGCUCCAGCCAGCCUGCAACUAAAACGAGACCUUUCAGCACACUUGAUCCUGAGCUUAUGUUGAACCCAGACACCUUACCAAGGGCCAGCACCGUGGCGAUGACGAAGGAGUACUCCUUCUUGCGCACCAGUGUGCCUCGGGGCCCGAAGGUGGGCAGCCUAAGGCACCUAGCACAUUCUAAGGAGAAGAAAAGUUCCAAAUCAAGCAAAAUUCGGUCCCUGGCUGAUUACAGAACUGAAGACUCAGAUGCUGGGAAUUCGGGUGGGAAUGUUCUGGCCACAGACUCCGCUGGGGGCUCCCUGAAGCAGAACCGAAGCAGCGUGACGUCAGUGGUGUCGGAGGUCAGCCUGUGCCCUGAAGCCGAUGACCUGGAGAACUCAUCCCUUCCCGGAGACAUGUCUGAGGCUGAUGGGAAUGAGAGCGACAGCUCUUCCUAUAGUGGCGUCUCCACCCGGGGAGUGCGCGGCCUUCUGGUGAACAGCGCGGGCACGCGUGAAGCAUCCUAUGUGAUCAACGGCCAGGAGAUUGCCUCCAGUUCUCUGGGCCAGUUCCCGUCCAUCACGGAUGUCCUCCAGGCCGCUGCAGCUGAGCACCGAGACCGGGGCCCAGAGGUCAAUGGGGAGACACGGAGCCGGACGGACAGCAUCUGCAGCAGCGUGUCCAUGGAAGGGUCUGUGGCUGAAACGCAUGAUGAGAUGCUGCAGGUUCUUAAAGAAAAAAUGAGACUUGAAGGACAGCUGGAAGCCUUAACCCAAGAGGCUAGUCAGGCACUUAAGGAAAAGGCGGAGCUGCAGGCGCAGCUGGCCGCCCUGAACACGCGGCUGCAGGCGCAGGAGGAGCACAGCCACAGCAGCCAGCGGAAGCAGGACGCGCUCAGUUCGGAGGUGGACACCUUGAAGCAGUCCUGCUGGGACCUGGAGCAGGCAAUGAGCGACCUGCAGAACACGCUGGAGGCCAAGAACGCCAGCCUUUCGUCCUCCCACCACGACCUGCAGGUGGCAGAGGAGCAGUACCAGCGCCUCCUGGCCAAGGUGGAGGAGAUGCGGAGCAGCAUGCUCAGCAAGGACAGCACAGUGCACGACCUGCGGCAGCAGAUGACAGCCUUGCAGAGCCAGCUGCGGCAAGUGCAGCUGGAGCGCACGACGCUCACCAGCAGGCUGAAGACGUCCCAGGCGGAAAUCGCAUCUCUGCAGAGCGUCCGACAGUGGUACCAGCAGCAGCUCGCCCUGGCCCAGGAGGCCCGGGUCAGACUGCAGGGCGAGAUGGCCCACAUUCAGGUUGGACAGAUGACCCAGACGGGCCUCCUGGAGCACCUGAAACUUGAGAAUGUGUCCCUGUCGCAGCAGCUGACGGAAACCCAGCACAGAUCCAUCAAGGAGAAGGAGCGCAUCGCCCUGCAGCUCCAGGGCAUCGAGGCUGACAUGUUGGACCAAGAAGCUGCCUUUGUGCAGAUCCAAGAGGCAAAGACGAUGGUGGAGGAGGACCUGCAGAGGAGGCUAGAGGAGUUUGAGGAGGAGAAGGAGCAGCUGCAGAAGAUGGCGGCCUCAGCAACAGCCCUGGAGCAGCAGCUAGAGCAGGUGAAGUUAACACUGCACCAGCGAGACCAGCAGCUCGCAGCCUUGCAGCAGGAGCACCUGGACCUGCUGAAGCAGUUCACCGCAACACAGGAGACGCUGCAGGGCCGAGAGCAGGCCCUCGGUGACCUGCAGGUGCGCUAUGAUGAGCUGCAGGCCCGACUGGAGGAGUUGCAGGGCGAGGCCACCUCCAAGGACGACACCAUCCGCUUCCUGCAGAACGAGAAGAUUGUCUUGGAGGUGGCUCUGCAGGCGGCCAAGAGCAGCGGGGAGGAACUCGACAGAGGAGUCAGAAGCUUGGAAGAAGGUGCUGAGGAAACGUCAGAAAUCUUGGAGCAGUUGAGACAGGAAUUAGCCGUCAAGUCCAGCCAGGUGGAGCACCUGCAGGAAGACGCCAGCUCUCUGAAAAAGCAGAUGCAGAAAAUAAAGGAACAGUUUCUUCAGCAGAAGGUGAUGGUGGAGGCCUACCGGCGGGACACCGCCUCCAAAGACCAGCUCAUCAGCGAGCUCAAGGCCACCAAGAAGAGGCUGGACUCGGAGGUGAAGGAGCUGAGGCAGGAGCUGAUGCAGCUUCAAGGGGACAAGAAGUCCGUGGAGGCGGAGCAGGCGCGCUUGCAGAAGGAGGUGUCCCGGGUGCAGCAGCAGAUGGCGGCUCUCGAAGGGCAGCUGGAGUCAGUGCAGAGGGAGCGCGAUGAGAUGGAGACUCACCUGCAGGCUCUGCAGUUCGACAGGCAGCAGGUGGCUGCACUGACGGAGGCCAACAAGGGGCUCCAGGCCCAAGUGGAAGAACUGCGGCAGGAAGCCGCCAGGGCCAUUACCGAACAGAAGCAGAGGGUGACACGGCUGGGCUCGGACCUGAGCAGUGCUCAGAAGGAGAUGAAGAGCAAGCACAAGGCCUACGAGAGCGCUGUGAGCAUCUUGAGCCGCCGCCUGCAGGAGGCCCUCACCGCCAAGGAGGCAGCUGAGGCUGAGCUGAGCCAGCUGAGAGCCCAGGCGGCCGAUGGUGCCAGCAACCUCACGCUGCACGAGAGAAUCCAGGCCCUGGAGUUGGAGUUGCAGACCGUGGGCCACAGCAAGGUGAUGCUGGAGAAGGAGCUGCAGGAGGUCAUCGCGCUGACUAGCCAGGAGCUGGAGGAGUACCGGGAGAAGGUGCUGGAGCUGGAGGAUGAGCUUCAGGAAUCCAGAGGCUUUAGGAGGAAGAUAAAGCGCCUUGAGGAGUUAAAUAAGAAGUUGGCUCUGGAGUUGGAGCACGAGCGAGGGAAGCUCACCGGCCUUGGGCAGUCCAAUGCGGCUUUGCGGGAGCACAACAGCGUGUUGGAGACAGCGCUAGCCAAGAGGGAGGCCGACCUCGUGCAGCUGAACCUUCAGGUUCAGGCCAUCAUGCAGCGCAAGCAGGAGGAAGACCGCCAGAUGAGGCAGCUCGUGCAGGCCUUGCAAGCCGCACUGGAGAGAGAGAAGCUGGAAGUGCACAGCCUCAGGGAACAGGUGGCUGCAGCCAAAGCAGAAGCAAGACACAACCAGCGCCACUUCAAGGCCGCCACCUUGGAGCUGAGCGAGGUGAAAAAGGAGCUGCAGGCCAAGGAGCUCCUGGUGCAGACGCUGCAGGCGGCAGCCGAACGUCUCCAGCUGCAGGAGGGGGGACACGCCCAGGAAGUCGCCCAGUUCCAGGCAGAGCUUUCGGAGGCACGGACCCAGCUGCAGCUCCUGCAGCAGCAGUUGGACGAGCAGCUGAGCAAACAACCCGUGGGCAACCAAGAGAUGGAAAACCUCAAGUGGGAGGUGGAUCAGAAGGAGAGAGAAAUACAGUCCCUGAGGCAGCAGCUGGACCUGAACGAGCAGCAGAGCAGGCGGGAGCUGGACGGGGCCGAGCGUGCUCUGCAGAAUAUCAAGUCUGAGCUGGAGGUGAUGCGGGAAGAUCUGUCCAUGACCCAGAAGGACAAGUUCAUGCUUCAGGCAAAAGUGUCAGAACUGAAGAACAACAUGAAAACUCUGCUACAGCAGAACCAGCAGCUCAAGCUGGACCUGCGACGCGGCGCGGCCAAGACGAGAAAGGAACGGAGAGGCGAGGCCAGCCCUUCCAGCCCCGUAACGCCGGUGAAGGUCCCCGACUGCCCCGUCCCGGCCUCGCUGCUGGAGGAGCUGCUGAGGCCCCCGCCCGCCGUGAGCAAGGAGCCCCUGAGGAACCUCAACAGCUGUCUCCAGCAACUGAAGCAGGAGAUGGACAGCCUCCAGCGCCAGAUGGAGGCACACACCGUCACUGUGCACGAGUCGCUGUCCUCAUGGAUUCAGGGGGACCCUGCCGCCAGCCCUGUUUCCCUGGGCGACCAGGCCCCCCCCGGAGGAGACACCGAGCCACCCGGUCCCAGCAGCACCUCCAGAGAGCGGCUGGGAACAGCCUCUGCCGAGCACCCCCAUGCCGAGUGUGUGUGAUUGCCCUCAAAGGUCACGUCUCUUCCCUCAGCAAUGGAACUUAAGUUCCGCGUUUGCUGUACAAGGAGUAAAAUAACAGGGGAGCCACCUGCCGAUCACAACCAGCUUCCCCAAAGUGACCAAACCGUACCCUUAGCUGAGCUCUCAGUGACAGUGUUAGAAGGUGUCGGGGUCGUUGCAGGAGGCGCACCCUCACCAGUGAUGUAGACGCUGCUCUGUGGCCACCGGUCCUGGGGAACCUGGUCGUGGGCCCACUUCCUCACUUCACCUCCCCGCAGGAGUGAAAUUUUAUUUGCACCUUUGGUUUUUAUUGUUUUAUUUUCACAGCCAUCCCACCAUAGGAUGUGUAUGUAAAUACUGAGAAUCGUAACCUAAUCUUUAAAAAGUAUGUCCCUGUAUUAUUUAAAAAUGACCUGAAUUGUCUGCUUUCGAUUGCCUUUUGAAAAUCUGCUGUCAGGAAAUAAUGUACAUGUAGGAUUAAGGGAUGUCAGUAAGAAAAUUAUAUUUUAAGAAAUAUAAUUAUUUUAUUUACCUCCUAAAACCAAAUACUCUUAGAGCAUUCUUUCUUGUUUUUGUUUCACUUUAUUUUUGAGUGUCUUUUCCUUGUCUAAGUGCACGAUGCCCAGCUGUUUAACUGCCCUGCGUGGCCUCACCACCCCCAAGCAACACGGCUUGUCCAGGCCGCACCUUCUGAGCCCAAGUGGCAGUGUCCACCAGGACCCGUGGUCAUCGGAGACGUGCUGGGCCCCGUGGUGAUGGCUGUCAGGUCUGAGGUCCUGUCGUGACCAGGCACCAGGAGUGUGAGGUUCACCUGUACAUGUCCCACCUGAACUCCUUACACCGGCAGGAACUGACGGACUGUGGGACUUGAGGGUUAUAAGUUUGUCCCCAAGGUUGCUAAGAAAACCUAAAAUAAUAUUUAUUGUAAUAAGUUAGAGGGAGGUGGGUGCAUGUGCACCCUGUGUGGGUCUGCUGCUCUGAGGGGGGUGACAUGUCCAGAUCCGACAUCCCGCCAGCCCGCGUGCUGUGUCUUGUGUCUCGUUUGUAGAGAAAACAAUAUAUAUUUUUACUGGUUUGAGAGAGGAAGGGAGAGAGAGAAAUAUCAGUAAUGAGAGAGAGUCCUUGAUCGGCCGCCUCCCGCACGCCCCCUAUUGGGGACCAAGCCAAAAUCCAGGCAUGUGCCCUGACCUUGCCUGGUUCGUAGGUUGACGCUCAACCACGGAGUCACACGGGCCUAGAGAAAACUGGUGUUUUUAAGCUGUCUGUGUUCUCUCAUAGUGUGCUGUCAUAAGGUUCAUUGAUAAAGUAGCAUUAACCAGAAAGACGUUUUAAAAAGGUUCCCUAGCAAGUAGUGGGACUUCUAAAUACAUCUCUCAUUUGUACAGGGUCAAUCUUGAAACAAUACUUGAAAACUCAUUAUAAAUAUAUCCUACUUUUCAUAAUAAGUUGGAAAGCAUUUUUGACAAAAUUGUUUUUGUACCAUUGGACGAGAAACAUGCUAAUUUAUGUUCUUAGUUACUUUGGCUGUAUAUCCUCGUUUUAAUUUUCAAACGAAGACAUGGCACCCAGCCCCAUGCCUCAGUGGCUCUCCGACUCCCCAGGGAAGACUUGCCACUGCCACCGUGUCCUCAUGGGAAAAGCUAACCCUGGAUGCACCCAUCAGGGGGAGGCCGUCUCUGUCCUUGCCCCCUUCCUUCCUCUGCCCGCCUCCAUGUGCGUGUGCACACACCUGCUCUCUGGCUUCCUGUCGUCUCCUGUGCCACCGUCAUCCUCGGUGCCCAUUCUUCAGCUCAGCCAGCACCUGGCCGGCUUUGGCCCGGGCUUCGGGGGCGGCUCCUGCUUGCUUAUCUCCACUGGACUCACUGCUCCCUCCCACGAUGGGGAAGGCUCUUCUGUUCUGGGCACAAGUGGAAUUGGGAAUGACUCCUGAGAAACAGCAGUCGAGUCUGGAGUCCGUGUAACCAGCGUCGCCACCGCCUGUGUUUAUGCCUCUUCACCCUGUGUGACGGGCGCUGUCCUGUCCUCGCUCAGGAAGUUGGCUCGGGUACCUGAUAUCCUUACUUGCUUUUGUUCUGUUUCAAAAACACGAUUGCGAUGUCAUUAUCAUUGAUCUCUCCACAAUACACACCAGGUAGAUGCCACGGGUCUGAGAGGCUUUGUUCUACAGGGCAGGCAAAAGUAUGGAAAACAUUUCAUGUGGAAAAAAUAACACAAUAAUAAUAAUACAAGAAUUAACUGUUUUGUGUACUCACAACUGUAAACCUGCUUUUGCCCCGCUCUGUUUGGAGGGAUCAGAGGCGUUUGGUUCGGGUGUGAAACAGGCUCUUGUCCCGGGUCCAGGUCGCAGCGUCCACUGGGCGGUCGGCCUGCGGCCAGGGCGUGGGGAAGUCUCCCCCGAGCCCCUUGCAGCUUAGGCCUCCCUUGGUCUAGGGUUACUGCAGGUCACCGUGACAGACAUUUCUACUUCAUGAGUAUGUUUCUUGACAAAAGUUAAAUGUGUGUAAAGAUUCCUGGAGUGAGGGGCCAGCGUGCCCCUCCCUUCAGGGACCCACACGACGUGAUCAGGCCUGUGACGCGUGAGACACUCAGCCUUAUUCACGCAAUGACCACGUCCCGGGCGAGUCCCAGGGUGGUGGUCUCAGGUUAUAAGAGAGUCCUUGGGGUGAAGUUUCAGAGGGUCUAGAACACUUCAUUUCUAGUAAGUUAUUCAUUUCUAUUAAUUUCCUCAUAAAAGGGAGUCCUCAGGUUGGGACUGUUCAGGGGGAAGACGUCCUCGUGCACCACAAAUUGUAACUUUAAAAAGCAUGUUGAUUUUUUAUAAAUUUAAGCGUGCUUGGGAAUUCCUUAAAUUUUGUGCAAUAAACUAUUUUUU